AUGUCGACACUCAAGGCCGCCCACAGAGGUCUGCGCACUCGAGCUCAAACGUUCUUCUCUCCCACGCCUGAAUAUGUCAGAUCACGACUACGAUCACCCCCGUCUUCGGAAUCCACUUCGGUCUUCUUACUAUCUACAUCUCUACAAGAAUUACCAGAGCUGCUUCCAAUACUGCAGCAACACACCCCCAAUAAUAUUGGUUCAUUCUCAGUGACUGCGCCAGGAACUGAAGCAACGCUGUCUGUAGCGACUUUUUCCAAAGAUGACGUGCAUAUUUUUAGAAGCAAAUCCUCCGGGCGACCGCCAGCUGAAGUAGGGCGAUUUCAACGGCCUGAAACCCAACGAAUACAAAGGGAAGAGGAUAUGAAAGGGACAGGACAGGGGGAAGCAGAGGCUACGUUAGCUGGAGAGGGCUGGGCGGGCAUGUGGAAAGGGGAAUUAUCAGUUGAGCGGAUACCAGAGCUAGAAGGUGUAGACGCUCAACAUUUCCUUCUAUUGACAGAUGGGAGACCCGGACCUGUAUUGCGAGCCCUCGACGAAAUGUACCCCUCUGCCUCUAAACUAGGUAUCCUGACAGCUGCCACGCCAUUCGUGACGAAUCGACCGUAUACGUUACUACAUAACGGAAGCAUAUACUCAUCCGGUACUCUGGGGUUAGCGGUUAGGCAUCGACCUUCCACUACACUCGAUUUUGGAUUGCUACCCAUGACUGAACCAGUUAAAAUAUCGGGUGCUCAGGGAAACAUGCUAUUAUCGAUAGAAGGGAGCAAUACGAAUCCAACUCAAAUGUUGAUUGGAGCGAUUCAGCGUAGAGGCGGAACGGGAAUAACAAAAGAGGAAGACUUUUACCUUGGAAUGUUAAACGAGGGAGACACCAGACGGGUGGUUAAAAUCCUCAGCGGAGAUCCUAGUCGAGGUGCACUGUCCGUUGACAUGGAAGAUCCUCUGCUAGUCGGGCAGACAAUUCAGUUCUUGCAUCGUCAUGGGCAAUCUCCGAUUCCUCAACCAGCACCCAACACCUUUACCUUUUCUUCUCUUCUUCGAUCCGACGACACAGGUAAUGUCAAAUCCGGAUCACCCCGCGUAGUCGAUGGAUUCAUGGGGUUCAGUGAAGAAGGUAUCAUCUAUUCUAACCCGAUGUCUUCAAUAUGUACCGCUCCGGGAGCAGUGAUCAGUGCUACCUGGUAG